GUGAUUAUUUAUUGCUCUCUCUCUCUCUCGCGACCUUGCCGGAAAAUUGCUUCCUAUUUUCUCUUCAAUUCUUUCGUUCGUCUUCUCCGUCCAACAGAUCUUAACUAAUGGCCGGUAGAGGCAAAACCCUAGGAUCCGGUGCCGCUAAAAAGGCCACCUCAAGGAGUAGUAAAGCCGGGUUGCAGUUUCCCGUCGGUCGUAUUGCUCGUUUUCUCAAAGCCGGCAAGUACGCCGAACGUGUUGGUGCCGGUGCUCCGGUCUACCUCGCUGCCGUCCUUGAAUACCUCGCCGCUGAGGUUUUGGAGCUCGCUGGAAACGCUGCUAGAGAUAACAAGAAAACGCGUAUUGUUCCUCGUCACAUUCAGCUCGCUGUACGUAACGAUGAGGAGCUCAGCAAGCUUUUGGGCGAUGUGACUAUUGCCAAUGGCGGUGUUAUGCCCAACAUUCACAAUCUGCUUCUACCCAAGAAAACAGGGACUUCAUCUAAGAACGCUGGUGGUGAUGAUGAACCCUAAAUUUGUUUGUAGUAGCAACGGAUGAACUGAAUCAUUGAAUGCUCUGAUGAAAUUUGGCUUCGGUCAUGACAGUGCUCUCUCUUACUCUGUUAGAUUUUUCAAUUUCCCCCCUUCUUUUGACAUUAUUUUUCUUAGAUUACGGAUCUUUGCUUAUGAAAUUUGUAACAGUUCAAGGUGUAGUGCUAGAAUUUCACUAGUGUUGUGAAUAUCAUCAUCAUCACCAUCUAUUAAUAUCACCUCCUACUUGUUCUUCAUACA